AUGAAUAAGCUGGCGGAGCUCAGCGGGCUGGGAGACACCGCCGGCUGCCGCGGGGAGUGCGGCCGCAGCCUGCCGCGCCGAGCCGCCGCCGUGAGUCCGGCCGGGCACCGGGGGCACCGGGGGUACCGGGAGCACCGGGGGCAGCGGGAGGAUGGGGAGCAUCACUCCGCGCUCUCCUCCUCCUCCCUGCAGGAUGCUGUUCUCAACGCCUGUUACCGGGGCUGCCGGCUGUUCUCCAUCUGUCACUUCGUGGAUGCAAGCGCCGAGCUGAACACAACCAAAGCCGAGUGUGAAGCAGCAUGCGCUGAAGCCUACAGCAACGUGGAGGAGCAGUUUGGCUGCGUGAUGGGGUGCCGCAAGCAGCUGCCCGAGGUGGAGAGCAGGAAGGAGAAGAGCCUGGAGCUGAAGGUGCCGUCGUUCUCCAUGUUCGAUUUGGUCUCCACCUUCUGCAAUGACAUCGUCAGCUCUGCCCAGAGCUUCAUCUCCUCCACCUGGACCUUCUACCUGCAGGCGGACGAUGGCAAAGUCGUGGUGUUUCAGCCCCAGCCGGGGAGGGAUUAUCCAGUACCCGAGGCGCAGGAGACCCAGCCGGCGCGGCCGGGACCGGGGUCCAGCCCCCGCAUCCCCCAGCCCCACACAGCUUCCCACACCCCGCACCCACACAGGGGGGGUGAGUCUGGACUCGGGACCCGCUCCAAGAAGCUGCCGGGAUCCUCUGCACCCCCCAAGCAGGCAGAGGGUCCCCGGGGGGAGAGGGGACCACCCAGCACCCCUGCACCCGACCAUGUGCUGGCAAGGGGAGGGGGAGCGGGGCAGGUUUGCCUGCAGCGGGUGCCGGGGCUCAGCAUCGCCUCUGCCCCGCCAGGGCCCCGGGUGAAGGGGGAGAAGCACCCCGUGAAGGAGCCGCGGGGCAAAGCCAAGGCGCAGCACGCGGACCCCCCGCAGCCGGAGCAUGACUUCCUCGGCUGCAUGUCCAAGCGCUCGGGCCUUCCUCGCUGGAUCCUGGCUGCCUGCCUCUUCCUCUCCAUCAUGGUGAUGCUGUGGCUGAGCUGUGCCAGUUUGGUGACUGCUCCCGAGCAGCAUGUCAAGACCCAGUCUCUGAGCAUCAACGGGGACAAGGAGUACCUGGAGGACCUGGACGGCCCCGGCGCCUUCCCCCUGCCACCCGUCAUCGCUGUCACCCUGUGCCCUGCGCACAGCGGCGAGGAUGCGGGGCCGCUGCCCCUCAAAGUCGACCUGGACAAGACCGUCCUGUAG